AUGCUUAGUCUGAUCGAGUCAAACAAGAAAUGUUAUGUUCCGUUGGUGAUUUCCAUUGGUCCUUACCACCAUGGGAAACCUGAGCUCAGUGUGGUAGAGGAUCAUAAGUUUUUAUUGACAAAGAAGUAUCUCGCCGGGACUGGAUCAAAUAUUGAGGAUGUGUACAACCAAGUAGCCGAGGUGGCUAAAGAGGCAAGAGAAUGCUAUGAGGGGGACUUGAAACGAGAGAUUAAAAAGGAUGAGAAACAAGAGAUUAGCGAUGAGGAAUUCACUCGAAUGAUGUGUCUUGAUGCUUGCUUCAUUUUGCAGUUCAUGUAUUGCACGGUGAAGCAGAAGCGUGGGGAAUUGGGAAUGAAAAGAGACAUCAUGGCAUUCGUGCAACGGGAUCUGUUAUUGCUUGAGAACCAACUCCCUUAUCUAGUCCUCGAGAAGUUGAUCAUGACGUUUAAGUUCAAUGACGAUAUUGAUGAAAGGGAGAGCAUUAUCCACAAGUUCAUCGAAAUGACUCAGGCCGCAUCUCUCCAUCGAGUCGUAUUGUUCAGGGAAAGACUUUGUAAGUAUAUUUCUUCUAAAAUUUGUACCGGAUCAGUUGCCCAGGAUGUGUCAGUGAACAGAGAGACUGAAGAACCUGUUCAUCUUCUUCAAAUCUUUCGCCAAAAACUCCUCGAUGCAAAUGCAACAGAAGACCGAAAAUCUAGUUCAAUACGGGAGUUGUUCGCCUCAUGUUUUGGAAAAUUCAAGAAUUGUUUGCCAUACUUUUGUCCAAAAGUCCUAAUACAAAAUGGUCAGGGUGACGAAAAACCUGCAUCUAGCGGUGGCUGGUGCUCCUAUCGUUCAGCCAGCGAACUUAAAUCAGUGGGAAUACAUUUCAAGCCUGACGACUCCACUAAGUCCUUACUGUUGAACAUGGUAGCAUAUGAAACAUGCCCUGAUGCCCCUGAUGACUUUGGAGUCACUUCUUAUGUUUGUCUCAUGGAUACACUCAUUGACACGGCUGAAGACGUGAAGGUGCUGCGAUCCAACGGCGUGCUUCUUAAUUUUCUGGGCAGUGACCAACAGGUUGCCGACCUCUUCAAUGAAAUAGCCAAUGAUUUGGUGCCCAAUCCCGAUACUUAUUCUCAAGUUAAAGCUCUCAUGGAAAAACAUUAUAAGAAUAGAGUCAACAUUUGGAUUGCUGAUUGGCUGCAUAGGCAUUUUAGUAGCCCUUGGGCAAUUCUGGCAUUCGUUGUUGCAGUUUUUGCCAUUACCCUUACUUGCCUGCAGACUUACCAUGCAGCCAAUCCACCGAAUGGUUCGUGUUGAUCAGAGAGCUGCAGACCGGGGGUGGCCGAUUGGGUCAUCUUUUUAUGUAAACUACCGUGGCCAUUGUCCCUGCCCUGUACGUGAGUUGUUUUGUGUGUUUUGUUUUCUCCCUUUUUUGAGCAUGAAGGUGAAAGUAUUUGUCAUGUAACAUAAUUGUAGAUUGUUUGCACAUUGUUUUGGUAUGUGGACACAAAUAACAAUAUGUGGUUUUGCCAUCA